GUCGAUUUCUUUCAUAAUGGCCGGUCUUAAAAUCGGAAAUGAUACGGAAGAUAUGUUUUACGAAAAUCUUUCCUUGGGAUUAGCAAAAGUGUUGAAUAAUAUUCCAAGAAUAACCAACGUGACGCUCGAGAAACGGCUGCCAUGCGAAAAGGCUCAAGUUACAGCAUGGGAAUCGAGGCACAAUGUUUAUCUUCCGGACGACAUGAAGCGAUUUUAUCUUUCUACGGAUGGAUUCAAUUUUUACUGGAGCUACCAAUAUUCGCCCAAUGAUGUAAGACGUGUUGGUCACAUACACUUUCCACAUUUAAUACAGAUAACUUUGGUAAGGGACAACAUUGACACCAUCCUAACCGUUAGUCCAAAUACGACUCUCACAGUUCCACCCAUCAUCCGGCAAUCGAAUUACGUUGAUCUUAGCUCGGGAAACCUCGAUCACCUUAAUCUGAAUUCAAGAAGCAAAAUUUUUGAGCUCAGCACGAUUGCAAACCUGGCCAAGGUGUGUCUUGUGUACGAAACUCCGGAAAGUUCAAGCCCAAAAAUAUUUCUCCUCGAGACAAAUUCGUUACGUUGGCAAUUUCUUGCAGAAUCGUUCACAGAGUACUUGCGAAUGAGCAUUGCUCAUCUGGGGCUACCGUACUGGGAACUGUGCUUCUCCAGCUGUGGUUUGCCUGCUUGGACUGAGCAACUGUUUCUGCUACUAGCACCGCAUCUUUUAGAGAAAAAUGAUAAUCGAAGGCUUAAAAAUAUAGUUUGCAUUAAUGAGAAUCCUCCAUAUAAUGUACUAGAUCCGGCCGUGUUUCGGACAAAGCUUCGCUGCUCGCGUCAGACACAGAAAAUGCGUUUGAAUAAUUAG